GCCCAUUUAGGCCAUUGCGGAAAACAAUCGAAAUACAUCAACGAGUGAUUCGGUUCGAAGUGUUUACUGACUGUUACCUGUUCUGAAUUCAUGCGCGUGAACAAUCUCGAUAAAUGCUAGUUCAGCCAGUUUAAAACGGAAAAGGUUGAAUUGGGAUAGCUGAGAUUUGUUUUCAUCAGAAAUUGUUUUUCUCAACACUUGCUCUCCGACUGUGUGUGUCUCAAGUUUUCGCAUAUAUUUAGUCGUGUAAAAAUUUACUUUCAUUCAAAAUGGUUUUAAAAAAAAUGUGUUGUACAUCAUUGCGAAUGGGCAGUCUGGUUUUACUCUAUAUUAACCUGAUCGAUUGUGUGGUGUCGUGUGUUUUGUUGCCCGCUCUAGACAAUCCUGCGAUCGAUAAGUUCAUAAGUGAACAUGGUCCGUUGUUUUACACGAAUUUGUAUCUAUCAAUAAUAGGAGGAUUUAUUAUCUUGGCAACCAUCGUAUCCAUUAUUAAAAAAACACCCUCCAAUUUUUUGUUGAUCGCGACCAUGUCAUUUUUAAUCCUCGAAGUGAUCUAUUGCGUUUAUGUGAUGGUACUAGUCAAUUUGAAUGAUCCUUUCGAGAAACUUUACCAAGAGCUGGUGUACGAGAGUGCGCAGACACUCAUAACGAAUCCGAAGGGUCGAGAAAGAUAUGUGAAAUAUAUGGAUGGAUUGUAUGGAUCGGUUCUGUCUUCUAUCUACUUCUCUCUGUUGUGUGAAAUUGGUUUUGUUCUCUAUUCAGCUCUGGUUUUCUACAGCUACAUGGUUGAGAUAAAAGAAAAUAUUGCAAACGAUGUGCGAUUUGGAAAAAACAAUUCUGAAGAAGGUUACAGUCGUGUAUCUCCACCUUAUACAUCACAGUAUGACACCCAACGUCCCCAGUACUCCGUCAAUAUCUAGCUUAAAAAGUGAUCUUCCACUUUAAAAAAAAAAAGUGAUGAAAAUUCAUUUAUACAGUUCGGAAGCGUUUAAUUUUGUAAAAUUAUACCUAAUUGUAAGUUGAUUAUUUGCUCGUUUUUUAAUUUUUUAAUUCGUUUUUAUAAAAAAGGAAUACAAAUAUAUUAUAUUUUCUCGAA